ACAUUAGAAACAAUGGAGGAGUUGCGCGAGAAGCGCAUCAUUCGUAUUCUGACUAACGACUUUCCGCAGUACCUGGCUGUUGUCAGUCGUCUGCGUCAGGAGACCGCCCUAAUUGGCUCCGAUGGCGGCGUACUCAGCUCCACGGUCGUACCUCAGGUUCAAGCAGUCUUCCCUGAGGGUGCACUUCAGAAGCGCAUUCGUGUUGGACUUCAGGCACAUCCGAUCCCGACCGAAAUGGUUACGCGUUUGUUGGGAAAUCGAGUCGCAGCUUCACCGAUUGUCACCCUGGAACCGCGUCGGCGGAAAUUUCAUAAACCGAUCACUCUAACCAUUCCACUCCCUAAAACCGCAAUGCGCGGUAUGCUCAAUCCACCUGGCACAGGUGGAGGUGGUGGUGAUUUAAAGGCGCAAAGUGCUCCCAGUCUGCGGCUGUUAUGCAGUAUCACUGGUGGGACGCUUCCAGCCCAGUGGGAGGACAUUACGGGAUCCACACCGUUGUCCAAGGUUAAAGAUUGUGUGUCUUUCACGACAACUGUAUCUGCCAGGUUCUGGUUGAUCGAUUGUCAAGCGGUGCACGAAUCCACCGAGCUGGCUGGUCAGCUGUAUCGUGAAGCCAGUCUGGUCCCCUACAUGGGUAAAUUUGUUGUGUUCACCAAACGUUUGGACACGGAUGAGGCGCUGAUUCGUUGUUUCUGUGUGACCGACGAUAAGGUGGACAAGACAUUGGAAUGCCAAGAAGGGUUUGAAGUAUGUGCAGCCUCUCCGGAAGUUGAAGUUGUCGAAGGUAGACCCGCUUGGCUUGAAGCGGCUGGCAACCUGCUACCUGUAGCGAAAUCCGGUGAACAACUUCGACUUCACUUUAAUGCAUUCCGGGAAAAUCGUCUGGCAUUCCCCUCGGACGCAUCCAGUAACGGCCCACAGAGACCAAUCUGCACAUUGGAGGUUCAUCUAGGUCCGGAACAGGGUGGAAUCCGGGCGGCCAAUUCUACCAUGGUCGAUCCGGGUUUGGCCUCGCUGACCGAGCAGUACAACAAGUCCGCGGCCGCAUCUAUGCACUCCAUCCCCUGUGUGUUCCCUACUCCCGGACGAAAAUUGGGUCCAGGCGAUGCGGAUUAUCAAGAUACUUAUGAAAACGAAUUGAAUGUGCUCGGCCCCGAAGGUCGUUGGGCGUCAGUGUAUGCUGCGGAUGUAAUUGCCCGAAGUCAGCUCGAUUUGUUGCAAGUGGCUGGCGAGAUUGGGUCUGACUGGCCGCACCUGGUCGGUAUACUUCUACCCGAGUCUCAAUUGGAUGCGAAUUGCACAGUGGAACAGCUCGUGUCGUGGAUCUCUGCGAAUGAACCGCAUUGGCAAGCGACACGCGGAGAUAAUGCAGGUGGUCUGGGAGGAAUUACUGCGGCUGACCUACGUACUGACCGAGAUCGGGCAUUGGCUGUUCUAUUGGCUUGGCGCGAACAGCGUGGGGAACAGGCUACAGGGAAUGAGUUGGAUCGGGCUUUGCGUGCCAUUGGUCGAAUGGAUGUGGUCAAGUCGUGCAUGCUCGAUAUCCGCUGUGUUACGGAGCAAGCUGAACACGAUGAAGCCACGCGACGCAUUGACGAAACCGCUUUUGGUGAAGACCACACUCCACGUCCAUUGGACUCACCUGAUCCCACUUCAGCCUCAAUAGUCGGUACGACUACUCUAAUGUCAGGUAUGGAUGAUCUAUCCAGCCACGCUGUUGUCCAAGGCGUUCUCGUAGACACUGUUGCCGCUACCGCACCAGCUGUUGAAGAAGAAGUUGUGGCUGCUCAGCAGACUCCGGCAGUAGAAUCUUUCGCACCGUUCCACUUACGCGAAGAAGAAGAGGAUAAGCACCCCAGUGGGCAUAGUGGUAUGUACGAACCAGAUGGAGAAGCUCAUGAGCCUGAGGUGAGCACCACUUCCGCGUCUGAGGAACAGCCUGUUCUCAAGGCCGAGGAAACUGAAGUUGAUUACGAGGGAACCGCCGCAUCAGGUCAUCCAGAACCGGAAACAGAGCUAGAACUAGACGAAGAACUCGAAGGAGCUGGAGCCGGCACCGAGGAUCACUGGGAAUCCGGGUCACCACCAGCCACGACCACAAGCCAUCAAGGUGGGGAUCCACUAGUAACCACGGCGGAUCCAGAUGAUGAGGUUGACCAUGUGCGAGAUAGUGAAUCGAUGACUGCCAGUUUGGAGGGUACUUCCGCACAGGGCACAGAGGAUCCGGGGGCACUAUUAACCGGAACCGUGGAUGAAUCACCGAGUGAGGCUGCAGCCCCCGUUGAACAUCAAACAGAACUCACACAGGAAUCAGAAUCGGCAAAACAAGCAGAAAGUACGUUGAUCUCUUUUUUCAUGAGCAAAGAUGUGGUAAGCUCAUUUUUGUGUAAAGUUAUUCAUUGGGUCAAUCUCUUACUAGAAUCGUAG